AUGGUAUCCGUCGCGGAACUUCUUAACCCGGCGCCGCCUACGCCUCCACGGGCUCCAUUACCGACCUCUCGUCCACUGUGCUUUCCGGCCCGCCAGACUGUAGCCCCGUCAAAUGAACAAGCUCCAGUCACGCCAUCGAUAGAGGUGCUCAGGAUGACGCAAAAUGCCGAUGGCCCUCCUCGACGCAAAACCAGGGCUGUAGUGAACUUCCCGCCUUUUGAGGUCUUGGAUGAGCAUUCGAUCCGGGAAGUGCGCAGGUUCCGGGUCCAUCCUUUCGGUUCGAUUCAGGAGACCGGCGAACGGAUACCUUACAACAGCGGCAAAAAGGAUUUCUUUUCCAAGACGGGAAGAGAAGGCUUCGAAGUCUUCCAUUACAACUUCAAAGUUCCCGGGGACGACACCGAUUACACCGUAAUGUGGGACCACAACGUCGGCCUCGUCCGCAUGACUCCCUUCUUCAAGUGCCGUGGCUACAGCAAAACAACGCCCGCCAAGAUGCUCAAUCUGAACCCCGGGCUCAAAGACAUCACAUACAGCAUCACCGGGGGCUCGAUCAAGGCCCAGGGCUACUGGAUGCCGUACUCGUGUGCCAAAGCCGUCUGCGCGACAUUCUGCCACAAGAUCUCUGGUGCCCUUAUCCCGCUCUUCGGCCCGCGGUUCGCUUUGGAAUGCAUUCCGGAGAAAGUACCCGGAUAUGGCCGCAUGGUCAUCGACCCGGACAUCGUGAAGCGAGCGAGAAAGGAUGCCGCUGCGCUGUUCCGACCGAAUGCAGCUCUUCCCAGUCCCCGACCAUCUCGCAGCGUCAGUCCGCUGCUAGCCCAGCGCUCAGUGCGCGUCUCCAACCCUCACGACCUCCAUUCCGACCAUGACCAGCGCCUGCCGAUCAGCCCGUACACAGACGCAGACGCUGACUACAGGCUGGGGGGAUCAGACCACGAAGGUCUUCGCCCAUAUGCAACCUCCGUCGCCCCGUUGCGAAUCCCAACAUCGAGAUUGCCGACGGGACCGGCGGCGGUGCCCACGCCCCAGCAUUCCCCGGCAUGGACCACAGUCAACCAUCCUCCUCCUCAGGCCUACGCUGCAAGCCAUCAUCACAUCCGCCGCGAGACCCCCAACCUCCACGAGGAACUACCGAGCCUCAACGUGUCCGCGACCGCCAACCCAUGGCUGUCCGCAGUUCCGCGUUCUCCAGUCCCGGGCGUAGUUGGGGUCGGCGGCGACGGCGGCAGCAGCGGCGACAACAGCAGCAGCACAAACAGAUGGCAUCCAUACAAACCACGGUCCCACCACUCCCGCUAUGGGCAUUUCGAACAUCUUCACCACGGAACCUCGCCCAUCUCGGCCACCCUCCCGGAACGGGGCAUAAUCCUCCCCCCUCUCCGGCUCAAGCGCCGCUUCAGCAAGGUAGAUGCCACCGUCACUGGGCCCUGUGGCAACAGAAGCGUCGACAACAACAGAAAUGUUGACAGCAACAUCAACGACAACAAUGACGACAAUAUAGACGACGAUGCCGCCUACGACGCCCGCGAGAGCCACGCGGCCAGCAGCUGGAAAAGAAGCAGCAACAGCAACGGCAGCAGCAGCAGCAGCGGUAGUAGUCCAGAGUCAGUGACGGCGGCGCCGCCCCCGACCCCGGCGAGCGCGUCCAGUAAAAAGUCCAAGUCGUCGCCAUCAUCAUCGUCAUCAUCGUCAUCAUCGUCGUCGUCGUCAACACCACCGCCUCUGCCUCGCGCCGCUGUUCGCACCGACACCUGCGCCACCACCACCACCACCACAAACUCCGCCGCCGCCGCCGCCAGCGCGCAGAGCAAGCCCGGCAACAAUAACAGGACCGCUCCACGGCGGCAGCGGGAAGACAACAACGACAACGACAGCAACGACGACGGUGGCGAUGGCAGUCGUGCUGCUGCCGGUCGCGGUCGCGGUCGCGGUCGCGGUGCUCCUCCGCGCCGCGAGUCCGAGCGCGAUGCGGCCAUGAUGCUGAUGCGGAUGCGGCGCCGCGGCGGCGGCAGCAGCAGCCUGGGCGGGAGCGACGUUGAGGAGGGAGACGAAGAACAAGAAGAAGAAGGAGGAGCAGGAGCAGGAGCAGGAGGAGGAAGAGGAAAAGGAGAACGGAGAAGAGAAGAAGAUGCCGACGCAGGAGCGGAGCCACGCAGCCCGAGGACGGCGCGUCAUCGUCAUCAUCAUCAUCUUCUGGGGGAUGCGGUGGUGGUGGUGGCGGCGGCGGCGGGGGAGGACGACACCGAGGCUGGCGCUGGCGCUGCGCCCGGUGCCGUCCGGCCGGCAUCGAGCUAUAUGCCGCCGCCGUCCGCUAUCGGCAUGGCCGUCGUCGCGGACGGGCUCGUGAUCGAACCUCCCCAUCCUCCUCGCCCCGCCUCUGCUGGGCCCACGACGAGAUCGAAGAGAAGACGGACGUUGGAGCGCUGA